AUGGCGGGGGUGGCCCGGCCGGGGCUCGAGCUGGGCAACGUCUUGGUGCAGGUUCAAGAAGAUCUUCAACAGUUGAAGGAACAACUGCGAGAUUUUAGCCAUGACUGGGAAAUAGCAGAUCCUGAAAUUUUAGAAUCGGUUGUUGAACAGGCAGAGGACAGACUGAGGAAGCAUGCAGAGAACUAUUUAAAUGCAGUGAACAGAUCAGUGCUAACUAUUUUCCCAGCGGACGAUGCAGAACGGACUUCAAGACAGAUUUCCAGAUGGGGGAUCCCCUUGGAGCCUUCUCAGAAAGAAAUCAUUUUCCCCAAGAUGCCCGGAAUCGCCCCUCCUAUCAGGGCAGCCCUGCCUCCAGCCUCAUCUUUGGGCUCAAAGCACAAGCUUUCAAUGAUGAUGAGGAUUCUGUGUGACCCAAAACAUAUAUACCACCGAAGCAUUGUAAAUCAGAACUAUGGUGUCAGUUUGCCGUUGGUGAAUCAGAGGAAAACAACCUAUCUUGCUAGCUCUGACCUGGCCUUCCGGAAGCAACCUCAUGGCACACAUUGAAAAUGUUUGAAAUAAAUAAUAGGACACAGGAGAACUUCCAGCUGUGUUGAAGCAACCUGAAUGUAUCAGCCAUUUGAUCCUCUUUUACUUACUCUCUCUGUUACUUAAAGAAUUUUCUACAAAUUAUAUCAAUGACAUUGCUAUAACAUAUAUCAGUACAUCACUGCAGUAUAUAACUUAGCAGCGCUUGUGAAAAUAUUGAAUUAUGUUAAUUACAGGCAAUGAAAAUAUACAAAUUAACACUAUUAAUUAAACUUGCAUGCAAAGAAAUGUUAAUUGCACAUAAUUAGACGUAUAGAUUGGUGUUUGUGAAUACACAAAAUUGUGUUAAUUACAUUUGCUUAAAUAUGCAGAUUAGCUGUGUUAAUUAAAAUAGCAUUAUUUUAAUUGUGUGCUUCUUAAGAGUGGCCGAUUAGCUGCGGGCCUCUUACCGCUCUCUCCUCUGGCAAUUUCCGAGUCGCUCACCUCUGUCAAAGAGCAAAAAUGCCCAUUGAAAUGGCCACAAAAAUAAGUCUCCAUAAUUGCAGUGACCUC